UCGCACGCUUGUGUUGAGACAAUAUUGAUGUAUUUUAUUGAAAAUAUUUAGGAAAAACGGAUGAAAUAGAGCUACAAUGGAUGUCGAUGAUUCUGCGGUGGACUUGAGUGUCAGUGUUAAAGCUUCACCGAAGAUAUCUGAUGGCAAUGAGUUUUACCUGGCCCCUGCCAGUUCUGGUUUGCGUAAGAGCUACGGACUUCCCAGAGCCCUGCCACCAGAGCUUAGUGAGCUCCGAGCUUUAACUGCCAGUGGAUUGACCAUCACGCCAGCUCAGCCACCGCCUCCUAUUGAUAGAGGUUCAAGUGGCAAGCGGGUGCUCCGCCCCCGGUCCGAAGCGCGCAGUUAUGCAGAGAGCCCGGACAUCGUGCUGCUGCCUGCCGCGCCACCGCACCGCAAGCCCUUACUCCCCACUGCCGCUACUGCGCCUUUCUCCGACGUUAGCAGCAAGCUAAACUCCGGCGCAGUGAAUGUGUCUAUCACUCCGAGUGUCGCGCCGGAGUCGCCGCGCGACCCCCGAGACGAGGAAGAAUCUGAAGACGAUGAGAAUGAACCACCCUUGGCGCUGCCUUCCGGUCAUCGGGAGCUGUCAAGUGCGGAGAUUUGGGAGCGCGAGCGCCGGCUGCGUGCUCUGCGCGAGAAGCUGCGCGGAGAAGAGACGCGGCUAGUGCUGCUGCGCAAGCUGCGGCAGUCGCAGCACCAGCAGCCCCUGCCACCCGCCAAGAAUAGUGACGCGCGACGUGCGUUGCAGGAGUCCGCGACGGGCACGGCGCUGGCGGGCAGCGGCUGCGUGGUGCCUCCCGGCGUCACCGUCACGCCCGCGCCGCCGCCUGCGCACCAGAACAAGCGCACGAGUUCGACUGCGUCGUCCAGCCUCGCGAGCGGCGCGUCGUCGUCGCGACGCACAUCCAGUCUGCCCGGUGGCGCCACCCUUACGCCGGGACCCUAUCGCACGCAGUCGGCGUCCUCCGGUGGCGCCAGCAUCACGCCAUCGGUGACCAUCACGCCUGCGCCGCCGCCUGCCAACCACCAGGCCAAGGCGAGCUCGCGCAGCUCCGAGGACACGCAGACACCGGCGCAGCGGCAAGCCGCCGCCAAGCUGGCGCUCAGGAAGCAGCUGGAGAAGACGCUGCUGCAGAUCCCACCCCCCAAGCCUCCUCCGCCAGAGAUGAACUUCAUACCGUCCCCCAGUAACACGGACUUUGUGUACCUCGUGGGGCUCGAACACGUCGUGGACUAUCUUACCAACGAGGAUCGCAUGCCGCGCAGCUCGGUGCCGGCCGUGUGCGCGCAGUGCGGCUGCGACUUCACGCCGGUGUGGCGCUGGGAGCGGCCGCCGGCGCGCAAGACGGACGCCACCUUCGCCGCCGCGCCCAGCGGCCGCCGCCUCUGCGAGCUCUGCGUCUCCGGCAACGUCAAGCGCGCGCUCAAGGCGGAGCACACGGCCCGCUUGAAGACCGCGUUUGUGCGCGCGCUACAACAGGAGCAGGAGAUCGAGCGGCGCCUGGCCGCGCCCGAGGCCUCCCCGCCGCCGGCGCCGCCGCCUGCGCACUCGGCCGCGCCGCACCGCAGCUCCUCUCUGCAGAUGUCGGUGACCCGAACGUCGUCGCGUACCCCCGCUCCUGCAGCGUCGUCGACUCCAGCGCCCCCCGCCGCCACCAGCGCCAAGGCCGCUGCGCCGUCUGCCAGGUCAAUGAGCGGUUCCGAGUCGUUACGCAGCCAUCACUCCGACCGUGCACGUGACUCCAGCGGGGACCCCCCUCCCGCCAAGAAAGGUAAAGGAUCCUCAUCGAGUACCACCAGUCAGGGAAGCAACAGCAAGCAGCACCAGCUGGCGGCGGCCGCAGCAGCACAGAUGGCCUUCGAACAACACAGCGCCGCCGCCAUGCAAGCUCUGCAACACCAGCUGCUUAGAGGUCUGAGCGGCGCGGGCGGCAGCGGCGGUAUGUCUCCUGCGGCGGCGGCCGCGGCUAUGAUGCAGUUCUCGCCGCUGCUCUACACCUACCAGCUGGCCAUGGCGCAAGCUUCUGCGCUCGGAAAAAGGUCGGGCAAAGGCAAUAGCAGCAGCAACCCCGCUGCAAUGGCGGCGGAGAUGCAGCGCGUGGCAGAGGCCCAACGCCAGUAUUUACUAGACAUGAUUCCCGGGCAACACCAGAGGAACCCGUGGACCAAGAAUUAGGUCACUUUCAGAAAAUGCACUACAUUAAAAAGGGUAAACCCUUAAUGUUAAGGCAUGAUUACAACAACGCUGAUUACAAUAACGCCGAAAUGAGAAGCGUUCUUAAAAAAAUAUUUUGAUCUUUAAUUUUAAUGUAAUUAAGUUAGUUUUAUAAAAUCUUUUAGUGCAUUAGAUCAAUUAUUGCACAAGAAUAUACGUAAAUCGAAUAGUUAUAAGCUACAAAUAAAUGUGUGAGGAUUUAAAAAGUAAUCAAAAAAAUUUUAAUGAUGGAUCAUUUUGUAUGUC